CUUGACCAAAACUCCGCUCCACCUGCUGCCACCUGAGAGAGAUGAUUCGGACUUGAAUGGGGAGAAGUACGCAUCCAAAUUUCAGAUGGCCAUAUGAACGCCAUCGCCCAUGCACAGAAGGCUCUCAUUUACGGGCAAUGGAACCGAGUAGUUGCGCUCCUGUCACAUUCAUAUCCAACUGCAGCUCAUUACCUUCCAUCUCAGCAUCAGCGCCGCCCCCUGCGCUCAUCCGCAGCCCAGAUGGCGGACUCCAACUACCAGGACUGGUCCAAGGACCGUCUAGUUGAGCGUGUCAAGGAGCUGGAAGAGCAGCUUCUUAAUAAGAGGCAACAAGAACAAAAACCUGCUGCACAAUGCCAGACCCCUGCCUCAGCAUCAGGGACAGCACCAACCCCAGGCCCCAACCCCGCAAAUCCAGGAAGAGGAGGAGGAGGAGCGCAGCAGAAAAAAGAAAAGAAAAAGAAGAAGCCCAGCAAGCUCGACCCGUCCAAGUACUCCACGCGCCUUGUGGCGCUCAAGCUGGCCUACCUCGGCAAGCGCUACGGCGGGUUCGAGUACCAGUCCGGCGUGGCGGUGCCGACCAUCGAGGAGGAGCUGUGGAAGGCGCUGGUCAAGAGCUGUCUGAUCUGGCCCGAGCAGCCGGACAAGGUCGACUUCGGCCCGUGGGAGUACUCCAAAUGCGGGCGCACCGACCGCGGGGUGAGCGCGUUCGGGCAGGUGAUUGGCAUUCGGGUGAGGAGCAAUAGGCCGGUUGUCGAGCCUGUUGCGGUGGGGAAGAAGAACGAUGAUGGCGAUGCGGAGAUGGUUGGCGCCGAGAGCCAGGGCGGGAAAACGGUUGGGCCGGACGAGGGGAAGCCUGCGUGGGAUCCCAUCGCCGACGAGAUCAAUUACCCCCGAGUGCUGAACCGGCUGCUGCCGCCGGAUAUCAGGGUGCUGGCGUGGGCGCCGACGCUGCCGGCCGACUUCUCGGCGCGGUUCUCGUGCUGGGAGAGACAGUACCGGUAUUUCUUCACCCAGCCGGCGUUUCCCCCAGUGCCUGCGUCGCUGGACCCGUCAGGGACGAGGGGGAGGGAAGGGUGGCUGGAUAUUGACGCCAUGCGCAAGGCUGCCAAGCUGUUUGAGGGUCUGCACGACUUCCGGAAUUUCUGCAAGAUGGAUGGCGCAAAGCAGAUCACCAACUUCAAGCGGAGGGUGUUUGAGGCGGAUAUCGUCGAGGUCGAGGACGUGGGCUCGGCGCUGCCUUACCUGGAGCAGCAGGACUACAAGCCGGCUGGUCUCGAAGCCGGAAAGCCCCACCCCAAAGUGUACUACUUCCACGUCCGCGGCUCGGCCUUCCUCUGGCACCAAAUCCGCCACAUGAUCGCGAUCCUCUUUCUCAUCGGCCAGGGGCUGGAGGAGCCGUCGCUUGUCACGGACCUGCUCGACGUGGCCAGGCACCCGCGGAAGCCAAACUACACCAUGGCCGAGGAAGUGCCGCUCGUGCUGUGGGACUGCAUCUUCCCCGGCGGGGACAAGGCGGCGCAAGACAUGCACGACCCGGACGUCGAGGGCGAUCCCCACCUGCAGGACGCCAUCGACUGGGUCUGGCUGGGCGAAGACAGGCCGGCGCAUCUGCACGGGCCCAGCGGGAUGGUGGACCAGCUGUGGGAGUACUGGCGCGAGCGCAAGAUGGACGAGCUGCUGGCAAACCGGCUGCUGGAUUCGGUGGCGCGGAAAGCUGACCUGAGCAGGCGACUGGCCGAGUCCGGGCCGCCCGAGAAGCCAAGCAGCAGCCAGCUGGUGUACGAAGGCGGGAACACGGCCAGGGCGUCGGGGACCUACGUGCCCGUGCUCAAGAAGCAGCUGCAGGCCACGCCGGAGGAGAUCAACGACAAGUGGGCACAGAGCAAGGGGUUCGCCAACGCCGAGGAGCUGGGCAAGACCAAGAAUUGGCGGAGUGUGAUCAAGGCGAACAACAGAAGCGGCGACAGCAAUGACACAUCAGUAGUAGACACAAGUAGUAGCAGGAUAGAUGGAUGAAUGAAAAAAUAACCUCCCCGCC